AUGGGGCUGGACAUCUCCAAGAUGCUCAUCCCAAGCAAGGCUUCAUUCUACGGCAUUGUUCCAGAAAACGCGGCUACACCGAUUGAGUACAUCAAGUUCGAGGUGGCAAACAUCGAGUCCUCGUACCAUGCCAUCCUCGGCAUACCUGCUCUUGCCAAAUUCAUGGUCAUACCCCAUUACAUCUAUCUGCUCCUCAAGAUGCCGGGCAAGACAGGGGUCCUCACCUUCCGCGGUGACUUGAAGAAGUCCUACGACUGCGAUCAGGAGGCAAUCGAAUACGCCUCACGUGCCAGAACCUUCAUCUGA